AUGUCACCCUCGCUAAUUCAUCCAGGCCAUGGACUAAUAUCCUGCUGCAUCCCAUCAGCGUCCACCAAACCGGCAUUCUGCAAUUUUGCGGCAUCGUAUCCCCUCAAAUUUCUUUCUCCCCGCACUCACUCCCCCUCUCUUGCAGCCGUCUAUCUGCUUUCAUAUGGGGGAGGAUUGGUCUCUGGAGACUUUAUAACCAUUGACGUUGAAUGUCAUGCGGGGGUAAACCUCAUGUUACUGACGCAAGGAUCGACCAAAGUCUUUAAACGACGACCGAGAACCGUGCGCACCGAUGCGAUGAAAGAUGCAAAAUCCAAACGGACAGAACAGAGAUUGAAUGUGCGAGUCUACAGUAAUGCCUUGAUAAUGCAACUUCCGGAUCCAACAACAUGCUUCCGAGGUGCCGAUUAUAAGCAGAGACAAACAUUUCGUUUAGAAGACGAUACCGCAUCGGCCAUAAUACUAGACUGGUUUACAAGUGGACGCAUGUCAAGAGGAGAGCGGUGGGAGUUUAUGAGAUACGAGAGCGGAGUAGAUUUAUUUGUCGGCGAGAACAUGGUGUUUAGGGACGUUGUGUUAUUGCAAGAUCAACACAAGAACGGGUAUGACGACGACGAACUCGACUUGUCAAGUGCAAGGAAUUUGGACUUGAAGUCUACGCUACAUCCGUACGAGUGCUUUGCCACAUUACUAUUAUACGGGCCAAAGGUUUUACCGUUGGCCGAAGACAUUCUCGGUGAAUUUAAAAAGAUUACAAUUCAUAAGAGCUCGAAAUUGAUAGAAUUACUAUGGUCUGUGAGCGUGAUAUAUAGACGUGAAGCAGUAGAUACCGAAAGAAGUAUAGGUGGCGUAGUUGUCAAAAUUGCGGGAACGACAACAGAGAUGGUUAGGAACUUUUUGAAUAAUGUAUGUUUGCGUGGAUUGGCUGAUCUUGUUGCGCUUUCUGCGGCAGAGCUAGCUGGCGAUUGGCCUCCUCUAGAUCAACCUCCUCCAUUAAAACCAGAAUGGGCUGCGUUGGUUGAUAAAAAAAAAUUACCAAAGGCUCCCAUACAAAAGGAAGCCGGAGGUGACUGUAGGAAAGCUCAAGAAUUUUGUAACUGGUCUUGUAAUAACUGUGUGAGGAACGAGAGCGAUAUUACAAUCUGUCCGCAAACAGGAGAUUGGGGUAUUAGUUUCGAUGAUGGUCCAUCACCAAACACACCAGCACUUCUCGAUUUUCUUGAUAAAACCAACAACAAGGUCACUUUCGCCGUUGUUGGUUCACGUAUUGUCGAAAAUCCCGAAAUUCUCAAGCGGGCGUUCGAAGCCGGACAUCAAAUAAUCGUGCACACAUGGUCACAUCCCGCACUUACGACUCAGACCACCGACCAAAUUAUUGCCGAAAUUAAAUGGACCGAAGAGGCAAUCAAAGCUGUGACCGGAGUCACUCCCGUGUUUGCGAGACCUCCAUUUGGUGAUUAUGAUGACAGAGUAAGAGGCAUUUUGACUCAGCUGGGAUACAAAAUUAUUAUAUGGGAUGUGGACACGUUUGAUUGGCUUUCGGACGGUAAUCCGAAAUACGAUCCUUCGCUCAUUACUGGAAACGCUACAGCUGGUACUGAAGACAAGACGACAGGACACAUUUCGCUUGAGCACGACUUAUUCCCCGUGGCCGCCAAGACAGCUCCUGAUGUCAUUAAUAUUGUCAAAAACGCCGGUUUCAAUAUAAAGUCUGUGGCAGAAUGUGUCGGAGCGAAGCCAUAUAAAGAAAAUGUGAGUAAUACAACGACUACAUCUUACAACAGUACAAGCACUAGCACGACUACGAGCACGGAUGCUGCGAGUCCAACUUCUAGUAACGAGUCCACUACCACUACUACUACACCGACACCCUCCACCAGCAGCAAUUCUACAGGCCCAACUGACAAUAAUGCCAAAGCAAACGCAUCAUCGGCCAGUCGUUUGUAUUUUGCUUCUUCGUUUGUUGUAUCAUUGAUUGGAUUGGCACUUUUCGUUAUUGAAUAA